CACGUGUCAAAUAUUAUUGCAGGUUAUGCUAUAGUAUUCUUUCAAAACCAGCCAUAAAUCCUUAACAGCUUUUUAAAAAUGUGUUACUCAGUAAGUACAAAUUAGUCACAUUGUUACAACAGUUUAUGUGCGCAAAGUUAAACGCAGAACUGAAAGGAAUCACCGAAAGGAAUGAGGGUGAAAUAUGAGCAGCUGUUGACUUCGUCUAUAUUUGUCACAAGUUGCAUGUCGCUUAUCCUAUUUGGUGUGGUAAACUGAAGCCCAACCUAGGCUAAAUGGGACACUGAAAUGGACAAUAUCGCGGAAUGAAGUCCUAUCAAAAUCUCCAGUGCAGUAUAUUACUCUUCUCGAUAUGGAUCUGUUUGGGGGCACACUGGAUGUCAUUGCAGAGGAGAUGACCGUUAGUGAUGAUGAGGGCCAAGUUGAAGAUCGCUCCAAAGCAUUUAUGGACAUGUACAGUAUAGAAAACAGAACUCAAAUGCAAGGUGCCGAGGUGCAGGCCACACAACAGGUUUCCACUUUCCAGCGGUUUUCUGUGGACACAAAUGAAUCACUUCACUUUGAACCCUACAUACCUGAAGAAGACGAGAGUGGGCAUGUACUGGGCGAUGAUGACGUGUUUCUGACGGGAAAUGAAAGUGCAUUUGAUGAAUCAAAGGAAUUGAUGGAGGGACGUACAGCUCAGACUGAGAGCGACACUCCUGAUGCCUACUGCACCGACUGUCAGACUCCCACUUAUGCAUUUAAAAAGCUUGCUGGGCCUCACAAGAGCCACAGGGUCAUCUUAAUGAAGAAGGCAGCUCAAGAAAUUAAGAAUGACAUCAAUAAAACAAGAAACAAGUUGGAAGAAAAGAUUACUCAAAUGGAGAAUUUUGCAGGCAACCUUGAAGAGAUAUUUAUCACAGUAGAGGAGAACUUUGGCCGGCAAGAACAGAACCUGGAGCAGCACUACAAUGAAGUUCUCCAGACACUGGCCCACCGAUAUGAUCUGAGGGCAUCAGCACUGGAGGAUGAGAAGAAAAUGAAGCUAGAGUCUCUUUACAAUCAGCUGAUUGACUGUGGGAGAACGUUGGAUACUAACAAAGAGCAGAUUGAGGAAGCCCAAGCACUCUACAGAGAUGAAAACAAGUAUUUGUUCCUUCAGACAGUAAAGCCCAUCAUGAAGAACAUUGAGAAACUUGCUAUAGAGGAGCCAGACCUCAAGAUCGCUGCUUCCUUGGAGUUUGACAUCCCAGCAGCUGAUUUGUCUGACGUCAAACAAAUGAUGGAUUCGAUCAAUGCUGUCCCAGCUCCCUCAGCUCCAGUCAUGAACCCACAGAUCCCCAACUCUGCCUCCUGCACCUCUCUGCGUGUGUGCUGGAGCCUGUUCUCUGACGACACGGUGGAGUACUAUGAGCUCUACAGCAGACCCAUCUUUGAGGACAUCACUGUGGAAUCUGAUCUGGAAGAGGUGAAGGUGAAGGUGAAGGAGACUCACUAUACCGUCGCUGAUUUACUGCCCAAUGCACAGUACGAAUUUUGGGUCACUGCAACCAACACCACAGGCAUCAGCCCAGCCAGUGAGAAAGCUGUUUACAUGACAGUCCCUUCCCCUCCUGUCAUCAAGCCACGCGAGUGCACCAGUUGCCCAGAUGCUGCCCUCGUCCGCUGGGACUCUGGCAACACCAACCCUGUGGAUUCCUACACGCUGGAGCUGCUUGAGAUGGGGGCAGAGUCGAGCAAAGCCACUGUGACAGAGUCCAUUGUGGCCAUUCCUACUUGUGAGAGCUUAAUUCAGCUGCAGCCAGGAAAGUGCUACCAGAUUUACGUCAGGGCUGUGAAUAUUGGCGGCCCUAGUGAGAAAAGCGAGUCAUUUACUGUGACAACAACAGGAACAUUCUUUCACCUUCUGGAGGACACCGCACAUCCAUGCUUGAGUGUGUCAGAGGACGGUUUCACCAUGUUCUACACACAUGAUGAACUGCCUUUGAGUGAAAUGGCCUUCAGUGACAAUACCUUUGCAAGAUGUGUGGCAGUGCUUGGCGAUUUGAUCCCAGUGCGAACCAAGCAUUAUUGGGAAGUAGAGGUGGACCCCCACACUGAAUACAGAAUCGGAGUGGCAUAUGAAGACACCCAGAGAAACGCCUACCUCGGAGGGAACAACACUUCCUGGUGCAUGAGGCAUGUCCUCACCCCAUCCCGGCACAAGUACGAGUUUCUGCACAAUGGCUGGACACCAGACAUCAGAAUAACCAGCCAUCCCUUGAGAAUUGGUAUGGCACUGGACUACGACCAGGGGAAGCUGUCCUUCUUCAAUGCAGAUUUGGCUCAACACCUCUAUACCUUUCGCUGUCAGUUCCUUCACUAUGUUCAUCCCUGCUUUGCCCUGGACAACCCAGGAGCUCUUACACUUAAAAACGGCACUACACCACCAAACUACAUUAGCUUUGUCUAAGAACCUCUCAAAUGAUAACCAUGUGCCAGAUAUAUAGCACAAUAAGGGAGGGUUAAUCAACUGUAAUACAUUUUAGUUAAGUUGGACAUCACAUUGUAUAAAUGAGCAUUCACAUAUGGCCAUUUUGAGUAGUGUUUUAGUCACUAAAGGAAACUAAGUGAUGAACUACAAAUCAAAGUAUGUUUUUCCCAUGAGUGUCGACGGGAAAAAUAAAAAGUAAUUGUAAAUUG